AUGAAGGAGAAGCUAACUACGUCCCCAGUGUUAGUGUUGCCACAACCAGAAGAGCCUUACAAAGUUUAUUAUGAUGUUUCCUAUCAGGGUUUGGGUUGUGUGUUGAUGCAUAACAAACGAGUAGUGGCCUAUGCCUCAAGGAAAUUGAAGGUGCAUGAAAAGAAUUAUCCCACUCAUGACUUGGAGUUAGCUGCAAUUGUCUUCGCAUUGAAAAUUUGGAGACAUUACUUAUAUGGGUGUAGUUUUGAUGUAUUUAGUGACCAUAAGAGGAAGGCAAACGUGGUGGUUGAUGCCCUAAUUAGGAAACAAGUUCAUUUCUCGUUUGUAACAAUGAAGGGGUUGGAUUUGUUAGAAAAGUUAUGUGACUUGGAUCUUAAUUUGGAUUCCCCAUUGGGGAAAAUGCAAUGUGGAAUGAUCAUUAUAGAUAGUGAAUUGAUGAAUGAGAUUAAAGUUCUCCAAAUUACAGAAGUGUUGACUCAAGAUAAAAGGAAGUUGAUCGAGAAAGCCAAGGUAGGGUACCAAAAACCAAGGGGACAACUAAGGUCAUUAGAUAUACCAGUAUGGAAAUGGGAUAGUAUAUCUAUGGAUUUCGUGGUAGCAUUGCCUAAGACUCAACGAAAGUUUGACUCCAUUUGGGUGAUUGUCGAUAGGUUGACCAAAUCUACCCAUUUCAUACUCAUGAGGACUACUUAUGAUGUGACUAAGCUUUCAGAUAUCUACAUUGUCGAGAUUGUUAGACUACAUGGAGUACCCUCCAACAUUGUGUUAGAUAGAGAUCUGAAGUUCAAAUUGAGGCGCUGGAUACUAAGUUGA